UUCUCUUUCGAACCAGCAAAGUAAGCGAGGCUCCGACAGUAGAAGAAGAGAAAACUAGAUUUGCACAAAUCAAAGCUAAAUCGACGGUCGAGAUUCAAUCGGAAAAAUGUCGUGGCAGGCUUACGUCGACGAUCACUUGAUGUGCGACAUCGACGGCCACCAUCUCGCCUCCGCGGCCAUCGUCGGUCACGACGGUAGUGUCUGGGCUCAGAGCUCCAACUUCCCUAAGUUUAAGCCUGAAGAGAUUACAGCGAUUAUGAAAGAUUUUAAUGAGCCUGGGUCUCUUGCACCAACUGGUCUGCACCUUGCUGGCACAAAGUACAUGGUUAUUCAAGGGGAGGGCGGAGCUGUUAUUCGUGGGAAGAAGGGAUCCGGAGGUGUUACUGUGAAGAAAACUGCCCAGGCUUUGAUUUUUGGUAUAUAUGAAGAGCCUUUGACACCAGGACAGUGUAAUAUGAUUGUGGAGAGGUUGGGAGAUUACCUGAUUGAUCAGGGCCUGUAGGAGCUCAUCUCUCACCUUAUGGUUUUCAUAUUUUGAAUUUUUCUUUUUGGGUUCCUGGUGUGGCCUUGAACUUGCAUUGGUGAUGUUGCUUAAAAUAACCGUGUGCACACACAGAAAAAGAGUCAUGGUGUUUAGGAUAUGAUUUAUUGACCUGAUAUCCUUGUUUUCAUGAUUUGUGUUUGCUUGCUUAAGAUUUGAACCUUGGAUUUCAUUUAUAUGAUAAAGAGAAAUGAUCUUGCAUUUGUUUA